CUGCCUACCGUGCUUCCCAUGUGCUGUUUCCGGUCGUACUCGGAAGCACGAUUCCCAGCCGCUGCUGGCGAGGUGGGAGCUUGCCAGUGGUGUGGACUUUCUUAAAAACAGCAGUGCGCGGAGCGAUCGGCAGCCAGCAUGUCCAACAGAAACAACAACAAGCUCCCUAGCAACCUGCCGCAGUUACAAAAUUUGAUCAAACGGGACCCGCCUGCCUACAUCGAGGAGUUUUUACAACAGUACAAUCACUAUAAAUCCAAUGUGGAGAUUUUCAAAUUACAACCAAAUAAACCCAGCAAAGAACUGGCAGAACUGGUGAUGUUUCUGGCACAGAUUGGUCACUGCUACCCAGAACAUUUAAGUAACUUUCCUCAAGAGCUGAAAGAUCUUCUCUUCUACAAUCACACUGUCUUGGAUCCAGAUCUUCGAAUGACAUUUUGCAAAGCUUUGAUCUUGCUGAGAAACAAGAAUCUCAUCAACCCAUCAAGUUUGUUAGAACUCUUCUUUGAACUUCUGCGUUGCCAUGAUAAGCUUCUGCGAAAGACUUUAUACACACAUAUUGUGACUGAUAUCAAGAAUAUAAAUGCAAAACACAAGAACAACAAAGUGAAUAUAGUAUUGCAGAAUUUCAUGUACACCAUGUUGAGAGAUAGCAAUGCCACUGCAGCCAAGAUAUCUUUGGAUGUGAUGAUUGAACUCUACAGAAGAAACAUCUGGAAUGAUGCCAAAACUGUCAAUGUGAUCACAACUGCAUGUUUCUCUAAGAUCACCAAGAUAUUAGUUGCUGCUUUGACAUUCUUCCUUGGUCGAGAUGAAGAGGAGAAACAGGACAGUGACUCAGAAUCUGAGGAUGAAGGACCAACAGCAAGAGACCUGCUAGUUCAGUAUGCCACAGGGAAAAAAAGCUCCAAAAACAAGAAAAAGAUGGAAAAGGCUAUGAAAGUCCUCAAGAAACAAAAGAAGAAGAAAAAACCGGAGGUGUUUAACUUUUCAGCUAUCCACUUGAUUCAUGAUCCUCAAGAUUUUGCAGAAAAACUACUAAAGCAGCUAGAGAGCUCUAAGGAGAGGUUUGAAGUGAAGAUGAUGCUCAUGAACCUCAUCUCAAGAUUGGUGGGAAUUCAUGAGCUUUUUCUCUUCAACUUCUAUCCCUUUGUACAAAGGUUUCUGCAGCCCCACCAAAGAGAAGUAACAAAGAUCCUUCUGUUUGCUGCACAAGCGUCUCAUCACUUAGUGCCUCCAGAGAUCAUUCAGUCAUUGCUUAUGACAGUGGCCAACAAUUUUGUUACGGACAAGAACUCUGGAGAAGUCAUGACAGUUGGAAUCAAUGCUAUAAAAGAGAUAACAGCUAGAUGUCCUUUAGCCAUGACUGAAGAACUUCUCCAAGACCUGGUUCAGUAUAAAACACACAAAGAUAAGAAUGUGAUGAUGUCUGCUAGAACUUUGAUUCAGCUCUUCCGAACACUGAAUCCUCAGAUGCUACAAAAGAAGUUCCGGGGUAAACCUACAGAGGCCUCCAUAGAAGCAAGAGUGCAAGAAUAUGGGGAAUUAGAUGCAAAAGAUUAUAUUCCGGGAGCAGAAAUUUUGGAAGUUGAAAAAGAAGAAAAGAAUGCUGAAAAUGAUGAAGAUGGGUGGGAAAGCACCAGUCUCAGCGAGGAGGGAGAUAGUGAUGGUGAGUGGGUUGAUGUGAACCACUCUUCUGACGAAGAACAGCAAGAAAUCUCUGAGAAGCUGAACAGCAUGCCCAUGGAGGAGCGGAAAGCCAAAGCUGCAGUUGUCAGCACUAGCCGAGUUUUAACUCAGGAAGACUUUCAGAAAAUCCGCAUGGCCCAAAUGAGGAAAGAACUUGAUGCUGCCCCUGGGAAAGCCCAAAAGAGGAAAUAUAUUGAAAUUGACAGUGAUGAGGAGCGCAGGGGCGAGUUACUUUCUCUUCGGGACAUUGAACGCCUUCAUAAAAAGCCAAAGUCUGACAAGGAGACAAGACUAGCAACGGCAAUGGCUGGAAAGACAGAUCGAAAAGAAUUUGUGAGGAAGAAAACCAAAAUGAAUCCAUAUGCCAGUUCCACAAAUAAAGAGAAGAAAAAACAGAAAAACUUUAUGAUGAUGAGGUACAGCCAUAACAUCCGGUCAAAAAAUAAACGUUCCUUCCGAGAAAAGCAGUUGGCACUACGAGAUGCACUUUUGAAAAAGAGAAAAAGAAUGAAGUAACUUCCAAGCAAGUUUACCAUUCCAAGGAGAGUGCUGACUUUGAGCCACUGCUCUGAAAAUUAGUAAAUCAAGAAUAUUUGUUUACAUUAAGAAGUCCAGAAGCACUAUAUUGUGAAAACCACAG